CAGGAGGAACUGGCCGACACACUGUGGGGCGGAUUUGCUGCUGUUGAGUGCCAACGUAAAAUCAAGUCUCAUUUGAAGAAGAUGUUCAGGUGUGUGUCUGAGGGAAUCGCUAAAACAGGAAAUCAAACGGGUCUGAAUGACUUCUACACAGAGCUCAUCAUCACAGAGAGAGGCAGUGGAGAGGUCAACAAAGAACAUGAGGUCAGACUGAUUGAAACAGCUUCCAGGAAACCAGCCAUGGAGGAAACACCAAUCAAAUGUGAAGACAUCUUUAAGACCUUACCUGGACGAGAUCAACUAAUCAGAACAAUAAUGACAACUGGAGUGGCCGGCAUUGGUAAAACCAUCGUAACACAAAAGUUCACUCUGGACUGGGCUGAAGGCAAUGCCAACCACGACAUACACUUCACAUUUCUCUUAACUUUCAGAGAGCUGAAUUUAGUGAAAGAGAAAGAGUAUAGCUUGGUGGAACUUCUUCAUCACUUCUUUAUUGUGACCAAAGAAGCAGGAAUCUGCAGAUAUGAACGGUUAAAAGUUCUCUUCAUCUUGGAUGGUCUAGAUGAGUGUCGACUUCCUCUGGACUUCAAGAGGAACCCGAUCUGGACUGAUGUCACAAAGUCCACCUCGGUGGACGUGCUGCUGACAAACCUCAUCAGGGGCAUCCUGCUUCCCUCCGCUCGCAUCUGGAUAACCACACGUCCUGCGGCAGCCAAUCGGAUCCCUGCUGAGUGUGUUGACAUGGUGACAGAGGUGAGGGGGUUCACCGACCCACAGAAGGAGGAGUACUUCAGGAAGAGAUUCAGAGAGGAGACGCUGGCCAACACGAUCCUCUCCCACGUCAAGAAAUCACGAAGCCUCCAUAUCAUGUGUCACAUCCCAGUCUUCUGUUGGAUCACUGCUACAGUUCUGGAGGACAUCGUAAAAACAUCCAAGAGAGGAGAAGAGAUGCCCAAGACCGUGACUCAGAUGUACAGCCACUUCCUGAGGGCUCAGUCCAUACAGGGGGACAGGAAGUACCAUGGGAGAUCUGAAACAGAUCCACACUGGAGUUCAGAGAGCAGAGAGAUCAUCGUUUCUUUGGGAAAACUGGCUUUUAACCAGCUGGAGAAAGGCAACCUGAUCUUCUACGAGGCAGACCUGGCAGAGUGUCACAUCGAUAUCAAAGAAGCCUCAGUGUACUCAGGAGUGUUCACCCAGAUCUUUAAAGAGGAGUGUGGGAUGUACCAGGACAAGGUGUUCUGCUUUGUCCAUCUGAGCCUCCAGGAGUUUCUGGCUGCCCUUUAUGUCUUUUUGACCUUCAUCAACGAUGGUGUCAAUCUGCUCUCAGAAGAACCACCCACCUCUGGGGAAGAUAAACUCCUCCUCCUCUACCAGAAUGGUGUGGACAAGGCCUUACAGAAUGAGAACGGACAACUGGACUUGUUCCUCCGCUUCCUCCUGGGCCUCUCUCUGGAGACCAAUCAGAUUGUCCUACGAGGUCUGCUGGGACAGACAGGAACUAGCUCACUGACCAAUACAAAAACAGUGUCUUACAUCAAGGAGAAGAUAGAUGGAGAUCUCUCUCCAGAGAGAAGUAUCAAUCUGUUCCACUGUCUGAAUGAGCUGAACGACCGUUCUGUAGUGAAGGAGAUCGAACAGUACCUGACAUCAGGAAGUUCCUCCGGAAAAUCUCUCUCUCCUGCUCAACUGUCAGCUCUGGCCUUCAUCCUACUGACAUCAGAAGAGGAGCUGGACGUGUUUGACCUGAAGAAAUACUCUGCUUCAGAGGAGGGUCUUCUGAGGCUGCUGCCAGUGGUCAAAGCCUCUAAAACAUCUCUGAAGGUUCACUAA